AUGGUGACGGUCCUGCCCUCUACACACGGGGGGAAAAAGGAAUAAAACGCUUUGAGCCCUCCUGGGAUAACACGGCUGGGGGCGGCCCCCCGACCCCCGCCCCGCCCCGCCCCAUCCCUGCCCCAUAAAUCAGCGCAGGAGCAGCCCCCAUGCACCGUGCCCGGUUCCCGGUGCUCCCUGCUCGGUUCCGCCCCCUAUUCCCGGUUUUAUCGCCACAUCCCGAGGAUGCUGCCCCGCUGCGGAGCCUACACGGUGCAGCCGCUCCGUGGUGACCUCGAUGGUCCCUGGGAAUCGGCCGAGAGCUGCAUCGUGCGCACCUCCGCCAGCGUCUACCGCCGGCUGCAGGAGAGCCCGCGGGGAAUGAACACCCGGGGAGCCCCCCCGGCCCCACCGCAGCCCCCCAGCACCCCCCCGGCCUCACCGCACCUCCUCAAGCUCGAAUCGGAGGAUUCCGGCGUGGAGAUGGCCAGCAAUGACCACUCGCCCUCCACCCCUCUGGGCUCCGAGAGCAGCUUCUCCCUGGACGGUUUCGGGGCGGAGAAGCCCCCCGGAGGGGAGGAGCCCCCCCGGACCCCGCGGAGCCGCCCGGGCAGCAGGAGGCUGCUGCAGAGGAGCAGGAGGCAGCGCUGCCCGAGACAGCUCAGCCGGCGCAGCGCCAGCACCGCCGGGCUGGCAGAAACCCCGAGGGACCCCGAGCUGGCAGAAACCCCGAGGGACCCCGAGCAGCCCCAGGGGGCGGCGGAUGGUGGAUCUCGGUCCCCCCAGAGCCCUCGGGAUGUGCCCCAAGCUGCGGUGUCGGGGCAGGGGCUGCGCUACCUGGAGCACGUGUGCCAGAUGCUGGAGCGCCUGGCGAGGCUGCAGCAGGACAAUCGCCACCUCCGGCAGCAGGCGGCCGGAGCUCGGUGUGCCCGCCCGGCCACCCUGCCCUCCCGGCAGCCGCCCAGGCAGGAUUUGGGAACCUGGAGGGGGGAGAGGUUCCGACCGCGCUCCUGCUCGGACAGCCAGGCACCAGCAGCUGAGCCCGGGCCAUGCAGGAGGAUUUGGGGACACUCACUCAGCUCCCCCAGCCUGCUGGACCCCUCCGAGGGCGGGGCGGGGGUCCCGGCCCCGGACAAGGAGGGCCGCUCGCACUGGGGCCGGGUGAAGGUGCUGCUCACCCGCCUGACCCGCCGCUCCCUGCGGGGCGGCCGCUGCAGGUAG